AUGGCGGAUGGUGAAGAGGAGCUCUGCAUUUGCCCGAGUUUCAACAGCUAUUCGGCUCAUAGGAUUGCAGAAAUUGCUAACAAAGUCACAGGACUUAACACAACCGAUACUGAAGACGAUGAGAAUGAUGAUGAUGAAUUUGAGUUUGCUUUGGCAGGUGAAAACCAAAGGCUUUUGGCUGAGGAAUUCAUCUAUGACGGCCAAAUCAAGCAAGUGUUUCCCGUAUUUAACCACGAUCUUUUGGUAAGUUAUGACGAUUUUGAUAAAGGUUUGUCUGGUGAAGGAGUGGAGAGUGUUAGAAUUCCUUUGAAGAAGAAUUUUAUGGAAAAGUACGAGAAUGAGUAUCUUUCAUCGUCCUCAUCGAAAGUCGAUGAGUUAGAGACUAUACCUCUGGGAACUUACUGCGUAUGGAGGCCUGAAUUCUCGAAGUCAUCGCCGAGUCAAUGUAAAAAGAGCAAGUCUACCGGAUCAGGAUCGAAGCGGUGGAAGUUCCGAGAUUUGGUCCGCCGAUGCAACAGCGAGGACAAGGAUUCUUUAAUCUUUUUAACACCGAAACACAAAGAAGAAGAACCAAAGAAAUUGUAUAUUCAAAAAAAUCAACAGCGAAGCGAGUCGUCUCCGGCGAGAAAUCCGCGGCGAAUUCACUUCAUGAAGCAUGUUAUGUACGUAACAGAGCAAUAA